AUGUUAACGGGUCCCCUAGUGAAAGUUCUUAGAAUAGUUGAUGGAGAAAAACAUUUGGCUAUGGGUUACAUUUACCGAACCAUGGAUAGGGCUAGGGAGGCAAUUUGCGAUAGUUUUUCGAACCCGAAUAACUACAAGGGAACUUUAAAAAUCAUAAAUCGUAGGUGGGAGUGCCAACUACAUAAAUCUUUACAUGCGGUGGGACACUUCUUGAACCCGGGGAUCUUUUAUAAUGACGUUGUUGGGGUAGCUUGUGAAGUAAUUGAAAAAAGUUUGUAUGAUUGCAUUAUGAGGCUUGUUCCUGACCAAGAAAUUCAAGAUGAAAUUUCGGAUGAGUUAGACAAAUAUCGGAACACAAAAGGACUUUUCAUUCUUCCCACGGCUAUUAGGCAUAUGACGACAAAAUCACCCGCUGAUUGGUGGGCAUCGUAUGGACAGGCCCGACCUUAUAGUUGGCGAUCCGGAUUCUGGACUGCCACUAUUCUUCUCAAUUCUAAUCUGCUCUCACUGAAACAAAGAAACGCAUGGAAUUUUGACAUUGGCAGACUACAUAUGCCGAUAUCUAAAACUCCCACUCAAAACCACGAUAAGUUAUUAAUCCACGGUCAAGAUUUAACUUGGAGGGGUGUGGCUAACGCCUCUGCUGACUAUUGGCCAUCCUAUGGAUCUUUUGCUCCUAAUCUAAAAAAGUUUGCCAUACGGGCCCUUAGUCCAACUUGUAGUGCUACAAGUUGCGAUAGAAACUGGAGCGUCUUUCAACACCUUCACACGAAGAAAAUGAAUAGAUUGGGACAAUGUAGAUUGAAUGCCAUGGUGUUUGUCAAAUUCAAUCGUGCCUUGAAGCGUCGAGCUAAAGAUAAGGAGAAAAAUCCCAUUAGGCCGUUAUUUAAGAAGAUAUUGAUGAAAGCAACAAGCGGUUGAUGGGAAGAAUGGAAGAUCAGAAUAAUGAUGAGGCAAUACUUGUGCGUGAAGAUUUAAUUUGGAGAGAUGUGGCUAACAACUUUGGUGCUUAUGAGCCUAGUUAUCUAACUAGAGCAUCAAAAGUACAAAAUGAUGGAGUCUGACCAUCGGGAAGAGAUAUAGGAAAGGUCUUAUAUCUAGUCAACUAUCUCACAGACGGUUGGUUUGGUGGAUGCAGAUGAGAUGGAAGAAAAUAUUGGAGUCAAUAGUGAUGAGGGAGGAGAUGAUUUUGUUCAAGUUGACGAGGAUGAUAGUUUAGCGGAUUUUUAAAUAUUAGGAUUUAAGGCUUAGGAAUUAGAAUUUAAGAUACUUUGGGUUUCACAUGAGU